CCUUAUUUUUCCUCUAGUGGGGAAUAACUAAUGACAGCAAAUCUAGGUGGGUGCCGCGCAGGGAUUGGGGGAGAGGAGGGGGGUCAGGAUUUGGACCGAAAAGAAGAAACCGCUGGCUGUGACAGCGACAGUUGCUUCCUCCCCCCUCCAUCCCCAUCUCCAUCAUCAUCACCCGCCUCAACAGCAACAGCGGCUUCAGAUUCAUCGGCAGCAGAAGCAGGGCAGAGUUGGUGAAACAGCUUGGAGGAAAAAAAACAAAAAAAAAAACAGAUAGGCUUUUAGACGUCUUCAAGAAACGCUCUGCUUCAGGGGGGGAGGGAGAAUGGGGAAAUGGGAGCUGCAGAUGAACAAAUGCAAGGAUAAGGAAUUCAGACCAAAUCUGCAUUUUUGACACACACCCCUGUCCUAUGCAAAAUUAGGAACUCAUUAAAGAACACAAGACAACUCUGUUCAGUUUCUUACACAUCAUGGAUGCAGCUUCAGCCUCCCUCCAGUAUGGAUCAAAGAAGCGGGUCAAAAUUCACCCAAACACAGUCACAGUAAAAUAUGCCACCAACUUCCCCCAGCCUGGUGACGAAGGGUACGACGAUGCACCCUCUUUUGAGGAUUUCGGUACCUUUGCAGAGGCAAAUAUUGGAAAGAGACUUGUGUCAGAUGCUAAAGGCAGCAGGACUUUCUUCGGAACAAUGGAAACUCAGCCUAAGCAGCCAAAUGUGCAAAAAGACAAGGGGGUCGAGGGUCAGCUGGCCAGCUUUGGCGAGGCUAAUGUGUUGGCCUCCAGGGUGACCUGGAUGGCCUUGUUUGGGGCAGCAGCAGCUCACGGAUGUGUGGCUCUAAUUACCCGUUUGGCAGCAGAUCGUUCUAAGGUUCCCUCUCUCGAGCUGCUCUUCAUCCGGUCCGUGAUCCAAGUGUUGUCAAUCCUGGUGGUCCUCUACUAUCAUGAGGCACCCUUUGGCCCCAAGGGCUACCGACUCCGUCUCUUCUUCUAUGGUGUCUGCAACGUCAUUUCAAUUACUUGCGCCUAUACAUCCUUCGCCAUAGUACCCCCCAGUAAUGGUACCAUCAUGUGGCGAGCCUCCACCACAGUCUUCAGUGCUAUACUGGCUUUCCUGCUGCUGGAUGAGAGACUGAACUACACGGACGUGGUCACGGUGGUGGGAAGUGUGUUUGGCCUGUGCCUAGUCAUGGUGCCAAAUGUAGCAAACGAGGAGAAGUCCAGGCUAGGGUUUUGGAAGGAGGCCUUUGGCUAUACAAUGACAGUGAUGGCAGGCUUGACUGCCGCCCUCUCCAUGAUCGUCUACAGAGCCAUCAAGGAGCGCGUCAGCAUGUGGACUGCGCUCUUUACCUUUGGCUGGACGGGCACUGUCUGGGGUGCCUCCACCAUGUUCAUCAUGCAGGAGCCUAUUAUUCCUCUGGACGGGGAGACCUGGGGCUAUUUAAUUGGGAUCUGUAUUUGCUCUACUGUGGCGUUCCUUGGAGUCUACUAUGCUCUUAACAAGUUUCAUCCAGCCUUAGUUAGCACUGUGCAGCACUUAGAGAUCGUGGUUUCAAUGUUGCUGCAGCUGAUCGUGCUGAGGAUGAUCCCCUCUGUGUACGAUGUGAUCGGAGGCCUUGUCAUUAUGGUCAGCGUGUUCACUCUGACCGGAGUCAAGCUGUACAGAGUGAGCAGGGCUAUUCGGCAGGAUUACCAAGAGAUCCUAGACUCGCCUAUCAAAUAAAUCCACAUGUCAGUCUAUCUGUUUACAGUGUUGCUUGGUCGUGCAAUCAAACGAAUGUCUGGAUCUUCAUCUGAUGAUUUUGUAUUGUUGUGCUGUGAACAGAGUGUCUGUUUGUGUAACUAAGGUCUUAAUAUUUACGUGUGAAUUAAAAGACAAUGGUAAUGUUGUCACCAUAUCCCUCUUGUAUAGUGAUGCUUUAAUGUUGAAUUGUGUCACAGGCAAAAUGUGAGCAAAAAGGCACAAGUGAAUCAUGACAUCACCACGGUUUUGAUAUAAUCUUCUGUCAUCACACUGCCAAAACCUCUUAGAUGUCAGCCCAGAAACUAUUUAUACUGUAACAAGGAUUUAAAAAAAGAAAAAAAUACUGCACUGAAAGACCCGAUUUGUUGUUAGAGAUUAAAACACAAUGAUUUAGGGACGGGUGUGUACUGGUCUCAAGAUAUAUCAUGGUCCUAAAUAGUUAUGGUUUGAAAAUAACAAAAAUUUUUAAUUACACAUCUUUUAAUUAUUUAAAGUACAUAAGAUGCCAAAGGAAGUGUCAGAGUAAACUGGGUUUCCAGCCGUAUGGAACAUAAAAUAACGGAUUACUGCCCCUCCCCCACCUGUUGCUCUGCACAGCAGGUCAGCUCCCUGUGCUCCCCAUAAACAUACAUCUAGCUAUUUCGAAAUGUUUUCAGUCACGACCAUCACUCCUAUUAAAAAUAAAGUUAGCAAGCAAAGAGCAGCGUGUCCUUUGACAACUACGGCUAAAAGGAAUAAUGUUUUGUGCUUGGAAGGUGCAAGUAAAUUUAAGGGGGUAUUUAUUUUAUGAUUUUUAUUAAGUCAAUGUAUUUUAAUAAAAGUAUCCAAAAAUAAAUAUUAUGAUUACCAAAAUUAUUUCAGAUUUUUUUAAAGCAGUUAGAUCAGAUUAAAUCAUGUUAUGCAUUUUUUGUUUUACAUUUUUGUGUAAAAAGUGAUAAGUUAAAACCAUGGUAUUUUUGCUUAACAUUAUUUUAUAAAUCUCACACCUGCCCAUGCCUAUAAUGCUUUCAUUAAAAAGCCUGAUUAACAUAGAAACUAUAUAGAGGGUUCCUACAUUCCAACACUCAGAUUUAUAGAUUUUUUUUGGGGCAAUUUACAUAACAUUUAGAACAUUAGAGUGCAGAACAUUUACCUCAUAUUCUACAAAAUCUUAAAUUUUUUUUGCAUACUUCCAUGAAAAACAAAUUCAAAACAGUGUAGAAACCAUAGAAACCACUCAAACUACAGUUCAACUGCUCAAAUUACAAAACUGCCUUUUUUCUGCUCAAACUACAUCUCUGACUCGAUCAGCUGGUUUAUAUUUAACAAAGGUGAUUUCCUCUCUGAGUGUGGCUUCUGUUUACUCUCAGAUGUAUGUCAAACUAAUGCCGAGAGGCAAGUGCAAUGAAUUGAAUUAAAGUCCCACUUUAACAAA